AUGGCCCAAAUCAAUUGUGUUGACAACUCGACGCAAAUCGGGCCGGCAAAAUUAGGCCUAACCGUCGCCGACUUCUAUGCAUCCUCCACAGAAGCCAAAUCGUGCGUGGAUCUCGCAUCCUAUAUCAGACCAGAUGAUGCAGGAUCCAUUCUCCCCUGGCCAUAUACGCUCGCCUGGUUCCUUAUCCACUUCCCUAUCACACUGAUCAGAGUCCAUCGUUGGGAGAGGGUACAGGCUCUUUCCUUGAUCCUGGCUAGUAUCACCAUAUGGUUCCAGUUGCAAGCAUACACCAGCAGUACUGAUCCGCACUCUGUGCUUGUCUGGAUGCCAGUACUCGUUGUCCUUGACAUCGGCGCUAUGAUGCAACUAGCCUUCUUGAUUAUCGAGGAAAACCGUUUCCGUCCCCUCCUGAAAGCACUCCCACGAGUCUUCGAUCGUCAAGGAAGCACGCCUACGACGAAUCAAUCACGAAUGGUAGAAGUUCGAGCACCCACAGCUGUGACAGAAACCAAGCAAGCUACGGCACAUAAUAUUGAGACGACAGCCCCAACUCUGUACAAUACAGAAAGCAGAGAUGACUCUCCGGGCCUCGUAGCACAAGCUUGGAUCGCCCUACUAGCAGCGGUACUCGGAAUUCUCCUGCUUGUACUCCAACUUUUUGGCUUUGCAAAAGCUGUUAUAGGAUCCCGUGACAAGAAUGUCACAGCAGAUUGGUGUUCUACGCUGUUCACCAGAGGCCUUGCAGUUGCAUCAGGCUGCGAGGUAUACGAAGUGAAAGCGUCCUAUAGUCAAGGUAUCGGCUGCAUCACACUCAAAGGCUAUGAACAGUACACAUGGCUAAGGGCCUCUAUCAUCAUCAUUUGUCUCUCACUCACCUUCCAAGUAUUUGACCUCAUUAUAUUACUCCUGGUUCGGGGCACAGCACGGUGGAGGGGUGCAAAGAUGAAGAGACCUUGGUUCACCAUGUUCUCUGGAAACAUUAUCCUCCUGGUACUGAUUAUCGUCGGCGUCUUCCAGUGCCAGCGCCUACCGAAGGAUAUUGACCAGAAUGUCACGGUAUUUGAGCAUAUAGAAGGCCUCAACCAGAUUUUUGCUUGUAUUGCGCAUCUGACACCAUAUGGGGUUCGUGGGGCUGUCAUAGGUUGGACAGAUGGGUUUUUGGAGAGCUGGGGAGAUACAUACUCCCCAAAGUAA